AUGGUAUUCUCUGUCAAGAGCUUUGUUCCUCUGCUUCUCGCAGGCGCCACCGUGGCCAAUCCGGUGGCCAAGCCAGCUGCCUCCAGGCUACGCCGUCAUCCUAGCCCUGCCACGUUUACCAACAACACCGGAGCAGACACCACUGCUGAGACCAUAGGCACCUACACCUUCCCUACCUGGUCUGGUGCAUUUUUGGAUACAACCGAUGUCACUAGUGUCACUGGAACAUUCACAGUACCCACCCCGUCCCUUCCCGAUGGUGGUGACUCUUCCACCGCCUACUGUGGAUGUGCUUGGGUUGGAAUUGACGGUGUUACAAACUUUUGCUCCGGUGGUUUGAUGCAAGCAGGAGUAAACUGGUGCAUAGAAGACGGAGUUCCGAGCUAUUCUGCUUGGUACGAGUGGUGGCCCGCCGAGGCUCAGCAAACCUACGACGAUAUCUCCGUCACUGCCGGUGACCAGAUCACCGUUACCAUCGAUGCAACCAGCACUACUGGAGGUACUGCAACCCUCGAGAACCUGAGCAACGGUCAGAGCUCCACCUUCACCUGGACUGGAGAGUCUCCAGCUCUGUGCGAGGUCACCGCCGAGUGGAUUGUUGAGGACUUCACCGUUGGCGAUUCGCCUGCCCCCUUUGCAAACUACGGCUCUGUCACUUUCACCGGCAAUAGUGCUGUUGUUGGUGGAAAUACUGUUGAUCUUUCAAACGCUUACCUUGCCAACAUGGUUCCAUCUGGCAGCUCCAGCGUCGUUAGCUUGGCCAGCGUCGACGGUGACGAUAUUACCUGCACUUACCAAUAG